AACACACCAAAUGCAGAAGGGCCACCAGGAACUGCCUACACCUCCCACAGUUGGUCGCCUGUGGGCAGAUGAUUCGUGCUGUAAAUUCACUUUACUGCUGCUUUGACCGUCGCCGUUGCUGUUUGUUCUCCCAAUGAUACAGAUCGGUUGAGGUGCUGCGUCUAAUUGAUUGCAGUGAACCUCUUUCGGCAGUAAACACCAACAGGUACUCGCUGUGGUCGAGUGGUUAAGAUGUCUGAAUCCAUUGGGGUUUCAUGUGCUUGUUUUCGUGGUGUGUUUGCUGUGCUGAAGUGUGUUUACAUGCCCUACAGUGACUGGCUGUGUGUGUAGAGAUUCUGUGAGGAAAUGGAUCCAACUCAACCUCACAGCUGCACACUGAGAUAGUGUAGACGGUAGAAAGGUUACAUAUAAACGGACGUGAACAACACAAUGAAAUGAUCAUUUUCUGUUGUGAGCAUAUGUCAGAAUGCCAUUUAUCCUACAGGAAGUUCUAAUAUUAAGUAUGAUUACUGAUGUGCAAAAUGUAUCAUGUUAAAAUAAAGAUAUGUUAAAAGAGCAUUCAUGUGGUAACAGUGCCACAUUUAUAUUUUGGAGAGUUUGGUCUACAGGUAGUGCUCCAGUUUUAAGUGUAUAUACAUUAUAUAUAUACACAUAUAAGAUACUGCUGGUUGGAGAUUGAGUAAACAAAGGGAAACGAUUGCAAGAAUGAUCCCCUUUGAGCACUUCCAGUGUUUGUCUGCACCUCAACAAAAGGAAGUUAUAAUGCUGAUCACUCCACAGUUGCUGGCAGUGUUCCACUUUAUUCCAUUUGAAAUCACCUUUCAUUACAGCAAAGAGAUUUUGCUUGUGCACAUAAAUGCGAAAUUGUCUAUUUAGACCGUGAAUAUCGGUAAUCUAACUUCACUGUGUUUGUAGCCUGAUAAUGAGACUGAUUCGCUAGUUAAUUUUAAUUAACAUUAACUCUUUGAAUCGCUGAAAAAUCUGUAAAACAAAAGAUCUGAAAAAUCUGAAAAAAAAACAGGAGUUCAGAGGUCUGAAACCAGGCUGCUGUGUUUAUGCACUUUAUAUAUAAGUUCCAAUGUUUUCAGUUAUAAGAAGCUCUGACAUCUUCUAUUACUAACUUUCAGUGAAUAUGCUGAUUUUUACUUUAAAUAUAUUUUAACACUGUACUUUCAGCUGUAUUAAAACAGUGCAGGCUGUAUAUACUGUACACAACCACCUACUGUAUGUAUGUAAAGUAACUUAUCAGUUUUUUACCCAUUCAAUAUUUAUUCCAGCACUCUUUGCACUCUUCACACCUUUGCACUAUUUGUAUCCACUAUUAUACACUAUUGUAUGCACUAUUAUGUUGUUGUCCUCUUUUCUGUAUUUAUGUAUCUAUGUUUUCACCGAUUUGCUCAUAAAUAAUAAUGAUUAUGUUUAAUUUUUGUUUAUGUUUAAUUAUCUUUGUUUGGCCUGUUGUCCUUGUGUAUCUUUCUGAAGAUUCUUGUGUGUAUGCACUAAAAAUCACUGGGUUCAAAUUUUACCCAGUUUGGGUUACUACAGCACCAAUACAACACUGGAUUAACUUUACCCAGUAGCAAUCUGUUAUUUCGACCCAGUGUCUCCACACAACAAGCUUUAGCUAAAAACAGUCACAAAUUAAUUGUUUCUUAUACAAAACGAUGUGCAUAUGACAGUCAACAGAUACACAAGUUGUUAACAAUCAUUAACAGACUGUGAUAUAAGUUUAAAAAGAGUAGAGUGAGUUAUAACAAGCUUAAAGUAAAGUAAAAAAUAACACUAAAACUGGGUCAAACAACCCCUUGUCUUGAGUGGCUUUCUGGGUAACAUUAACCCAGCAUUGUGUUGAUGCUAUAUUGACCCAAACUGUGUAAAUUUUUAACCCAGUGACUUUUAGUGUGUAAAGCACCAUGAGAGACACUAGAAACCAGUCAAAUUCUUUGUAUGUGUAAACAUACUUGGCCAAUAAUGCUGGUUCUGAUGUCUAAUUAAAGUUCAAAUUAAGUUGUUCAGUAGUAUAAAACAUUACGUAAACUAUUGCGUAAACUUACCCAGAAUAGUGAAUAAUGAGUAUUCUUGUAAAAUCUCUUGUGUAAUGUAAUUACUAUAACAUAUUUUCCUUCGAUGGUGAGUGAAAAGCCAAUCAGGAACGAGUCCUGUAGGAAAACAAAUGCUGGGAUUGGCUGAGACGCAGCAUCGGUUUCCAGGCGCCCUGCGUUGUGUCGGGGGGGGUCCAUGAAUGGAGGGGGCGCCUGGAAACCGGUGGCAUCCGCACAGAGGGAGGAGAGAGAGGCGAGGGACUCCCGACCGCCUGCGAACCGACGCUCUGCGAGAAGUCAAGGCGAAAAACGAUGGGAAUAUAACCUUUUUUAAAAAGUUUCAUCUUUCGCGUUUUGCCUCAAAGUAAUAACGCUAAAUUGUUAAACGUGCUGGAAGAGUUUUUUUUCGCGUUACUGUUAUUUUUUUCCUUUAGAAAAAGGGGGACUAUUUUUCACUGGAGCAGAAGUGGAGAGUGGACUGCAUGGAGUCACUUACAAAGACCAUCAAGAAGUCAUGACACGACGGACGUUUCAUUUGGAUUUAUCUGCGUAAAACUGCGCGUAAAAAGUCGACUGCGGCUACCUCGACUCGAUUUACUCGGACUACAAGCUAAAUGUUGGGACAUUUAAUGUAGAUUUGCUUCGCUUUUCAGCCGUUUUCAAGUCGCCCUACUUGGUUCAAAGUUUUUCCUUCCCUCCUCCCCCCCCCCUCCUCUUUCUCAACUAUGGCGGCGGCGGCCAGGUCCACCGCUGGCUCCGUGCUGCUGCGGAUCAUGUGGCUGGCGUGCGGGCUCUCCUUCUCACCCACUUCUGCUCAACACUACAGCAGUGACACUGGGAUAUCCGUCCCAGAGCACGGUUUUUGCCAGCCCAUCUCCAUCCCGCUGUGCACCGACAUCGCCUACAACCAGACCAUCAUGCCGAACCUCCUGGGCCACACCAACCAGGAGGACGCCGGGCUUGAGGUGCACCAGUUUUAUCCGCUGGUGAAGGUCCAGUGCUCUGCGGAUCUAAAGUUCUUCCUCUGCUCCAUGUAUGCGCCGGUCUGCACCGUGCUGGAGCAGGCUAUCCCCCCGUGUCGGUCCCUGUGUGAGCGGGCACGGCAGGGAUGCGAAGCCCUGAUGAACAAGUUCGGCUUCCAGUGGCCGGAGCGGCUCCGCUGCGAGGCUUUCCCGGUCCACGGAGCCGGAGAGAUAUGCGUGGGUCAGAACACAUCCGAGCCCAGCAGCCCGGCCUCCUCAUCAUCCCCCUUUUCACCCGACCUUGUGACCCUUCCCCCAAACAUGGGCCGACCCAACCAGCGCACGCCCCAGCACAACCAGCACCAAGACUUCUCCUGCCCGCUGCAGCUGGAGGUGCCUUCCUACCUGGGCUACCGAUUCAUGGGGGUGAAGGACUGCGGGGCUCCGUGUGAGCCCAACAAGCCCACCGGCAUCAUGUAUUUCCGGGAGGAUGAGGUGAAAUUCGGCAGGCUUUGGGUCGGCAUCUGGUCCAUCCUGUGCUGUGUGAGCACCUUGUUCACAGUGCUCACAUAUCUGGUGGACAUGCGGCGGUUCAGAUACCCGGAGCGACCCAUCAUCUUCUUAUCCGGGUGUUAUUUCAUGGUGGCGUUGGCCUACGCUGCGGGGUUUUUCCUGGAGGACAAAGUUGUUUGUGUGGAUAAAUUCAAGGAAGACGGCUACCGGACUGUGGCUCAGGGCACCAAGAAGGAGGGCUGCACCAUCCUGUUCAUGGUGCUGUACUUCUUCGGGAUGGCCAGCUCCAUCUGGUGGGUGAUUUUGUCCCUGACGUGGUUCCUCUCGGCUGGGAUGAAAUGGGGCCACGAAGCUAUUGAAGCCAACUCCCAGUACUUCCAUUUGGCGGCCUGGGCCGUGCCAGCCGUCAAAACCAUCACCAUCCUCGCCAUGGGCCAGGUGGACGGCGACGUGCUGACCGGGGUGUGUUUCGUCGGGAUCUUUAACGUGGACGCCCUGCGGGGCUUCGUCCUGGCGCCGCUGUUCGUCUACCUGUUCAUCGGCACGUCCUUCCUCCUGGCCGGCUUCGUGUCCCUGUUCCGGAUCCGAACCAUCAUGAAGCACGACGGUACCAAGACGGAGAAGCUGGAGAAGCUGAUGGUACGGAUCGGUGUGUUCAGCGUCCUCUACACGGUACCGGCCACCAUCGUUAUCGCCUGUUACUUCUACGAGCAGGCCUUCAGGGAGCACUGGCAGCGGACCUGGCACAUGCACACCUGUAAGCGCUUCGCCGUGCCCUGCCCGGCUCACAACUUCGCCCCCAUGACCCCUGACUUCACCGUGUUCAUGAUCAAAUACCUGAUGACCAUGAUAGUCGGGAUCACCUCGGGUUUCUGGGUCUGGUCCGGGAAAACCCUUCAAUCAUGGCGGAGGUUCUACUACAACGGCCUUAACAACGGUAACCAUGGAGAGACAACGGUGUAAAGUUUUUUUUGUUUUUUUUUUUAGGAUUGAAAAAGCCACAAAACCGCAAAGUUUUGGAUAUAAUUACCAUGAAAAUGAGGUCAAAUAGCUUUCAAUGUUUUUAAAUACUAUUUUGGACAUUUUUUUGUCUUUUUUUUCUAUUUGUCUUUGAACACACAACCAAACUUUUAUCUUAAAUGUAUUUGAUAGAAGGUGGAAGAAUCUGCAUAUUCUUUUUUUGUUUGUUUUUUGGUCAUCAGACAGCAGCUUUUUGCAUCUUCGGAUUACGAACUGGUGUAAAUGGCCAUACUGGUCCCUGGACUGUAAAGCCGGACUUGUGAAGUUACUUUUGAUAUGACUCCCUACCUAUUACUGGUUACAUCCUUUAUAUUACAGGUUGAAUGUACUUUCUGUCUACUCUGAGUUUCUCAGUGGGAAAACUUCAUGCCAGAAAAGACUGGUCAAGCAGUGUGUGACCUUCUGUCCAUACUGCAGCAAAAAAAAAAAAAAAAAAAAGGUCAAAGGUUUGAUCCCUACAGCAGCCGCACCCUCUGACUGUGAAUGCAUGAAUUAGGCAUGCCUGGAUUAUACAUGUCGAAUUUAAUUUACUCUGCCUUUAGCUGAAGACUGAAAUGCUUUAAUUUGUGUGUUAGAUGUUGCAGAGUACAAUCUCACCUGUUUUUAAUCUGAAGCAUAAUGCAACAACUCAUGACUCAACCAUUAUGUGCUAAGUGGCUGCCCGGAAAUCUUGCAGAAAACUUUUUAUUAUUUUUUAAUUUUUUUUUUUUUUUUCUCCACACUGUUGGAUAAUUUGCUCUUGCGUUGAAUGUUCACUCCGAAGGUGAAUGAAGUUACUGUAUGUAUUGGUUUGCACAGCUAUUUCUAAAAGGUUGAAAGUGUUAAAGAAAUGACUGAAACACCACAGGACGACCUGGAUCUAACAGUUACAGAGACCACACACACACACACACACAUACACACACACACAGAGAGGCCUCUAUUCUCUGUAAUGGAGAGGCAACAGCUCUUUGUUUGUCUCUGUGUGUGGUCUCUGAACUGUUGGAUCCUUCAUCAAAAAAGACUAAAGCUUUUAAGACAUCCAAAGCACCAUUUCAAGGAUCCUGAUUUAAUCUGUGGGCAGUAGAAAUGGUUGUUUAGGAUUUUUAAUGUUAUUUUAUCCUGGAUUAAGAUGACGGUACAAUCUGUAACGGAAGUCUGCCAUACUCCCUUAUAAUUUCAGUUGAAGUGUUAAAUGGUUUUUUUCUAAACCUGUUGUUUGUUUUUUUGAAGAUCCUACAAGGGUUUUCACACAAGCAGACUGAAUUUUUUUUUUUAGAGUUUUUAAAGAAUCGUUGUUUUUAGUGUCUGGGCUACUUUAAACACAGAGAAACUGCAUUUAUUUUCUGUGCUUCUGGAAACAGGAGCUACUUGUGCUACAGAAACCGAUGUUUCUGUUCUUGUGCCUGAUGUUUUAAGUAAUGGAAACACCAGUAAGAAGGUCAAAGGUCGCAACCUUUUUAUUUGUGCAGUGGAGACAGAUGGCGGUGCUCAGCGGAGGUGGAGUGUUUUGGUUGGGACUCAAUCACUUGAGAUAAUAUGGCAGGUUAAUAUAAGAAAAUGAAUGAUGUUUGUUAGUGGAAUUUAGCAUUUACAUGGCCUCAACAGGUUCAACAGUUCAUAACAAAUUUGAAAACAAUUAGCAUCCUUUUUAAAGCAGUAGAAGGGAAACUGUCAACCAAAUACUCUUCAUCAUUAAAACAAAUUCAGGAUGGAGAACGGUUAAUUUAUUUUAUGAAACCUGAGUAGCUUUUGAAAUUUAAGUGGACACUUUGAAUUCAAGUGAGAAAACACUCAUUUUAGAAUAAUUUCUUCACUUAACUGUGUUGAAUAUCAUGGCAUCAAUAGCAAAAAAAGUGACCAGCAGUGAUAUAAUUGAUAAUCCACUGUUGAACUGGUCAUAAAUUCUCAGACCAAUUUAGGAAAUGGUGGCAUCAUGUGGAGAAAUCAGAGCAGAAAAACAUGUUUUGAUCCCAACUGAGUCAGCUAUAAGGCAGAAUAUGAUUGUCAGAAGCUUUAGUUUCUUGUCAUACAGCACAUUUCUCUACAUGUCUCAAGUGUAAUCCAUGAAUGAAAAAAAACACCCUGGAACAAGGAGAGAAAGCUUAAGAUCUGGGGAUUCUGUUUCACUAAAGCUGCGUCCCAAAUCCAAACAUACUAAUACCAGAAAAAACACACAAAUCUUCACAGAGUACCAUUUAAGCAUUUUAUAGACCAGAAAUGUCCUUUCUUUUUCCUCAUGUGAAUGUACUGCAUACCUCAAAACGCUGGUUAAAGUUAGUAUGUAGGAAUGAGUCAGGAGACAGCUCAACACUCCACCACACCAGACUCAUCUGUCAUCCAUCAUGUUUUUACCUAACAAGGCAAAAGUAUUCUGUGUAGUUGUCUUCAGGCAGCUGCGAUCUGCCAGAGUAAAUGAAACAAGACUCAUCUGUUUGUUUUGUAUCAAUCUGUUUUCAGAAGGAAUAUGCGUGUGUGUGUGUGUAUUUUUAUUGGAACAUAUGCAAACCACCAAGUAAACACAGACUCUGUUUUUUUUAAAGUCAUAUUGUAUUUAUGGGGUUACUCAUUUUUGUCUUUUUUUACUUGUUUUUUAAAUGAGAUAAGCCUGUUGUAUCUGUACAGUUUAAAUAAAAGCGAUAAGGUU